UGCUAAUGAUCCCGAUCAUUCCAAGAAAACAGAAGAUGUUCUGUUUGAAAUGUUCAAAGAUGAGGAGAAAGACAUCAUUCAUGUGGGGAAGUUUCUAGCGGCUCUCAGAAACACAGGCCUGAGAAAAAAUGACCCAAGGCUUGCUGACUUCAUGGAAAACUUGAAGAAUGUUCACAGAAAAUCUGGAAUGGAAGGUGGUUCCCCCGAAACACAGAAACUGGAUUUGGAUACAUUCAGACAAGUGAUUGGUGCUAACCUAGUCCUUAUUUCGAAAGCAUUCCGUCAUAACUUCAUCAUACCAGAUUUCCAAAAUUUCUGUAAAUACAUUGAAGAAUUCUAUUGGAAGUGCAAGAGUAAUACAGAGGGAAAGGUGGCUAGUUACAUUCCACAGCUGGCUCGAAUGAAUCCUGACUACUGGGGAGUGAGUGUGUGCACUAUCGACGGUCAGCGGUUCUCCAUUGGAGACGUGACGGUUCCAUUCACCCUGCAGUCGUGUAGCAAACCACUGACAUACGGUAUAGCAUUGGAACAGUUGGGCCAGGAUGUGGUUCAUGGUUAUGUAGGUCAGGAACCCAGUGGACGAAAUUUCAAUGAACUUGUACUUGAUUAUAAUAAGAAACCGCACAAUCCAAUGAUAAAUGCUGGUGCUAUAUUAAUCUGUUCCUUGUUGAAAACAUUGGUAAAAUCCGAGAUGACAUUAGCGGAAAAAUUCGACUAUACAAUGAAUUAUUUCAAGCGUUUAGCUGGAGGAGAGUAUCUUGGAUUCAACAACUCAGUAUUCCUGUCAGAAAGAGAAUCAGCCGAUCGUAAUUAUGCUCUGGGAUUCUAUAUGAGAGAGAAUAAGUGCUAUCCUGAAAAAACUAACUUGAAGGAGUGCAUGGACUUUUAUUUCCAGUGCUGUGCGAUGGAAGCGAACUGCGAGAGCAUGUCGGUGAUGGCGGCGACGCUGGCCAAUGGCGGCAUCUGCCCCAUCACCGAGGAGAAGGUGCUCCGGCCUGACUCCAUCCGGGAUGUCCUCUCACUCAUGCACAGCUGCGGCAUGUACGACUACUCCGGACAGUUCGCCUUCAAGGUGGGCUUGCCGGCAAAAUCAGGCGUAUGCGGAGGUAUGCUGGUUGUGAUACCCAACACAAUGGGGAUAUGCUCUUGGUCUCCGCCGCUCGACCACAUGGGCAACAGUUGCCGUGGUGUUCAGUUUUGUGAGGAACUUGUUCGUGUCUUCAACUUCCAUCGGUAUGACAAUUUGAAGCAUGCCACAAAUAAAUUGGACCCCAGAAGACACAAGUACGAGACGAAGGGACUGAGCAUUGUCAACUUGCUCUUCUCAGCGGCCAGUGGAGAUUUGUCUGCAAUGAGAAGACACAGACUGUCGGGAAUGGACAUGACCCUGGCCGAUUAUGACGGCAGGACGGCUCUGCAUCUGGCUGCAGCUGAAGGCCACCUCGACAUCGUCACAUUCCUGCUGGAGCAGUGUGCUGUGCCCCACCAUCCCAAGGACAGAUGGGGCAACUCGCCGCUGGACGAGGCGAUGCGCUUCCGACACGUGCAAGUGGUGACCUACCUGAAGGAGUGGGCUAAGCAGCAGCCCCCACCCGGACUCGACGAGUCAUCCUCGUGCGAACCCCCGAGGCCCGUUGAGGAGACCUCGCCACUUCCCUCCUAAACACUCUCUCUGUGCUUCCACUCGACCUGACAAUAAAACCAGGCCUGGUUUCUCAACAAACCGCAAUAUUAUUCAUUAAAUAGUUUGCAAUAUUAUUAAACUUACAGACACCAAACAUGCUAUAGUUUAGAUCUGUUUCCUGUUUAGGACUGUUUGAAGCUGUUCCCUGUUUAGGACUGUUUGGAGCCCUUUAGUCUGGAACUGCUCUAAACUGUUUCAUUCAGAAAUUUAACUGAUUGAAUGUCGGUUAUGUCGGAAUGUCUAUUGGACACAUUAAUAUUCAUAUUUAUUUUUAUUCAAUCAGACACAUUAUAAUACUGGGAAAAGAAAAUAGACGCAAGCCCGAAAUUUCUCCUCCUUAGUUAAUUAAAAUUGAGCAAUGUAGGGUUUUGGCUCAUCACAUUCACUUUAACAAUUUUCACUUUUCACAAGACUAAAUAACUUAUAUAGGCCUAAGUUUUAUUAUUUGAAUUUUGAAUUUUGUUAUAUCUAGUAAUAUAGAAUACAAAAACAUUUUUUGUAUUUGUGUAUUCAAUUGUUAGUAGUUUACUCACAAAAAACAAACAAAUUUCAUCAUUUAAGAACUACCUAACGAAAAAGAACUAUCCUAUUCAUACAACUAGCAAAAUUCAAUAAGUCCAAAAUAAUAUUAAGUUACUCAAUAAUAUAAGUAUACGGUACGGUAUGGGCAUUGAUCAACAUACAAUGAAUUACUAUAAUGGAUGAGUAGAAUUGGUUACCAUCAAAAUCGAUUUACACUGGUAAAAUAUCAGUAGCAUACUGGUACAAUAAUUAUCAGUAAAAGCUCAAAAAUAUAGAUCUUUCAAGAAUAAUGUAAUGGCUUCCAAUCAAAGAUAAACUCAUUCCAUUACCCAAGU